GUUUUGUCUGCAGUUGUUGGUUGUCUACUUUUAAGGAUUCCUGCAUGCUUUGGCAUAGUCAGUCAUCUCGAGGCUUUUGGCGCGUUCAAACGGCUUUUUCUUGGACAAAAAAUCUAAUUGUUGUUAGAAACUAUUGUUAAAUUUGCACGUUUCAGAACCGACGGCUUAUUGAAAAACGGUGUGGUUAAAUAGAAAACAGUAUCUUAAAAUUAAACGAGAAUCCUGUAGAAGGAAGAAAACAAAACAAAAACAUUAGAUCCUCUUAUAAAACAAAGUGCAAAGGAAUUUAAAGUUCAUCCACAGAAAGAGAAAGGUAUUGAAACAACAACAAAACAUAAACUAGAGGACAAUCUCAACAACAAACAAACAACAAAUGCAAACUUGUCAACAACAGAUCCUGGCAGAAACAGCAACUAUGCCACAACAGCCUUAAUGCGGCAAUAAGGCAAAAAAAGAGGAAUUGUCUAGCAACACCAGUAAGCGAAGAGCCAACAAGACCAACUAUUUGACCAUAAACGAAUAAAAGCCAAACGGAAAUCUCAAACUACGAGCUAACAUCCAUCCAUCCAUCCUUCCUUCCUUCCAUACACCAUAAGGACAUAAGGACAUCAGCAUAUGUUGUAUGCCUUUUGUAUGACAUGAUGCUCAUGCUUCUGCUGCUACUCCUAUUGCUAUUUUUGUGUAUGAUGAUGAUGCCGAUGGUAAUGCCGAUGUUGCCGCUGAUAAGUUUCAAACAGUUGGUGACUUUUAAGCCUUGGUUUCCUCAAUUUCACUUCUUCAACAUUUGCUGUGGACGCGGCCACAUCGGUCCUAGCAGCGGUGGUGGUAUAAGUGGUGGCAAUGCCUGUGGUAUUGCCUUUGGCCUUAAGUUAACAUGGCUUACAUGCCUCUAUGCCUUGAUGUGGUAUGGCCUAACGACCGCAAAAUUAACAGCCGAGGCAGGAUCUCACAUGCGUCUAACACAGCGUAAUAAUCAUGCCAACAUAUCCGAAUUGUUAGAUAAUCUGCUAAGGGGUUAUGACAACAGCAUAAGGCCAGAUUUUGGAGGUCCACCUGCUACCGUUGAAGUGGAUAUCAUGGUUCGUAGCAUGGGUCCCAUUUCAGAAGUGGAUAUGACUUAUUCCAUGGAUUGCUAUUUUCGCCAAUCAUGGGUUGACAAACGUUUGGCGUUCAAGGGAGCCCAAGACACGCUGGCUUUGAGUGUCUCAAUGUUGGCGCGUAUCUGGAAGCCCGAUACCUAUUUUUACAAUGGCAAACAGAGCUAUUUGCAUACAAUAACAACACCGAAUAAAUUUGUGCGCAUCCAUCAGGAUGGUAGGGUGUUGUAUUCCAGCAGAUUAACAAUAAAGGCUGGCUGUCCCAUGAAUUUGGAAGAUUUCCCUAUGGAUAUACAGAAGUGUCCUUUGAAGUUUGGAUCCUUUGGCUACACUACAUCAGAUGUCAUCUAUCGCUGGAACAAUGAAAGGCCGGCUGUGGCCAUUGCCGAGGAUAUGAAAUUGUCACAAUUCGAUUUGGUUGAUUGUCCGGCGGGCAAUUUAACCGAUGUUGUCUACAAAGCUUCCUCACCCUUUGACCGCUAUGGCAAGGACAUGGGCAAAAUGAGACGAAACGGCGACCAUCAUCGCUAUGACAACAACAAUGAGGACCACAAUAAAAUUGUUACAUACAACAAAACUGUAACAACAUUUGCUGGACCAGCAGCAAAAAAUCAACAUGUUCGUGGCACCGGUAUUCAAUUGGAUAGUGGUAUUUUGGGUGCCGGAGGUGGCUCAGGAGGUGGACGCAUACAACUUGAAAUGGAUCAAUCAUCUGAAUACUCCAUGCUCAUGGUCAACUUCCACUUGCAACGUCACAUGGGCAAUUUUCUAAUACAAGUAUAUGGACCCUGCUGUCUGCUGGUGGUAUUGUCUUGGGUCUCAUUCUGGCUAAAUCGUGAGGCUACCGCUGAUCGUGUGUCUCUGGGCAUAACAACUGUCUUGACAAUGACAUUUUUGGGUUUAGAAGCCAGAACGGAUCUACCCAAGGUACCAUAUCCCACGGCAUUGGACUUUUUCGUAUUCCUUUCGUUUGCCUUUAUUUUCGCCACUAUUCUACAAUUUGCCGUAGUCCAUUAUUUCACCAAAUAUGGUUCGGGUGAAUGUUAUUUUAUAAUUGAAGAAUUGGAUUCGGAUACUGAGGCGGAGAGUGCGGUAAGACAGACACCUAAAUUGGGCAUGACCCCGGAUUAUACUCCCACCGAGAGUACAGAAUCGAAAAUUUACGAAGUUAUACCUUUAUCAAUGUGUUCCAUAAAUAUACCGAAUCGUAGAGAAGCGAAAAGGAGACGCAGCCGUUAUGAAAGGCGUAUGGGGUUCAUGAAUUGUUGGCGUCAAUUGCUGAACUGGUCGGGAGGUAGACAAAGUCGAGGUCGCCAUAAACCGCAUUUUGAGUCUUCCGAUGAAGAUGGCGAAGAGGUACACUUGAGAGCCAGUGAGGAUAUCACUCCUAAAAAAUAUUCAGGUCGCCGUCGCAUGUCCUACUACAGACGAGAAGAGUUGGAUGCCCGACGCAAGGGUAAACGCACCCCUCAAUACAAUUCCGUAUCGAAAAUUGAUCGAGCCUCACGCAUUGUCUUUCCCAUACUAUUCCUACUUAUAAAUGUCUUCUAUUGGUAUGGUUACCUGUCGCGCAGCUCACGCAUUUUGGCGCCUAGUAAUACGACCACCUGAUGUUAUCUUUUGGCAAUUUAGAUGCCAAGGCGAGAGGAAAUCGAAGCAGAAGAUAUUGGCCGUAAAAAUUGGAAUUGGAAUUGGGAUCAAUUGAUGGUGAUGAUGGUUAGCAUAUUACAAAUUAAACCAAAUUUUACAAAAAAAAACUAAGACGAAAGCUUAAGCUUUUGAUUCUGCUUUUAAGUUUUAUGAUUUCUUCGAACUAAAUUGCCAAGCUUAAGGGACUUUAUAUAAGAUAUAUACAUAUAUAAUUAGAGCUUUUUGUCUUAAGCCCAAUUUAAAGAUUUUAUUGAAAACAAAUAUUUAAAAUCGAUUGUAUUCCUUUAUAGAGAAAUUAAAAUAGAGACUUCCCAAUUGAUGAAUUAUUUUAAAAAUAACUUAAAAGCUCUACCUAACAUAGAUGUCGCUCUAUAAAAGAUGUAUUACACACCAAUAUAAUAUCCCUUGAGAAGUAUCUAUAUUAAUUUUUACACACUAAUAAUAGCUUUUCACGCACCAUCUUAUUUUUACAGAGUUAUAUGUUCAAAUGGCACAUAGAUGUCGCACUAUGCCUGAAAGUUGCAUAACUUAAAAUGCUUGUAUCCCCAUGUAUUUAAACUUUUUUUCCCAAAAACUUAAUAGGAUCCAUCCAUUGGUAGCCCAGGCAGAAUGGUUUAAAGGCUCCUUGUGUUUUAGGGGGCCGUUCCCUAAAAGUUUCACUACUUAAAAUGCUUGCAACCCCACCUAUUGAAAUUUUUAGUAUAAACUAAAUAUGGUGCCUACGGUGAUAGUCCAUGAAGAGUUACCUAUUAAGCGCAGAUGGUGAAAUUUUCGUUACCAUAAGAAGUGCAUUGACAUAUCCUAAACGAAAUUUUCGUUACCAGUACCGUUACCGAAAAUUUCGCUUCCAGGUACGCAGCCCAAAUCAAAUUUUCUUUAAGUAACAGGGUGACAUAAUAGGCAUUGAUGUUUUUUUAAUUGCAACUACGAAUGAAAAUGUACGUUCAAAUAAAGGGUGAUUUUUUUGAGGUUAGGAUUUUCAUGCAUUAGUA